ACAAAACAGCUUAGCAACAAAGCAGUACUGUAGGAGGAAAAAUUUUUAGCUGGACCGGUCGUCCGAGCGAAGAACUGGGCGGUCGACUAGUCCCCACCUGGACAGAUUUUUAAAUAUUGCAAACCGACUGGUCUAUCCAGAUUUUUCCCCUCUUCUUCGACAUUCUGUGCCCUAGCUCUCAAACCCUCAUAUUUUCUUCUCUUAUAACUCUCUAAAAUCACAUUUUCAUAAACUCUUUGUGUAAAUCCAAUUAUGGCUCCUCGCACUAAGAAGCCGCGAGCCAGAUAGGAAGGUCAAUCUUCACAUCCAGCACAUGAAUAUCCAACUACUAACUUCCUCACCCCAGUCCAAGAGCAAACAUUUGGUGCCAUGUAAUCUCGCUCCAUCAUUAAAGGCCGCCGAGUUAAUCUUGCCUCAAAGUAUGAUGCUCUCUUAAUGAGUAAACUUGAAGCAAUGGAUUGGCAAAAUUUGGUAAAUUUGCCGAAAAAGGUAUAUCCUCGUCUCCUCGCCUUAUUUUAUGUUCACCUUUAAUCUUCUGAUAUCGACGAGGACGUUUACACCAGUAACUCCUAUGUGAAAGGCACUUUUAUUGAAUUUAAUGUUCCCACUUUGGCCAUUAUUCUCAAUGUUGACACUAGUCCUCACCAAAUCUAUUUCCAAACUGAGGCACAAAUGGCUCAAAUUGUGGGUAAUAUAACUGAAGUUUAUACAACCAUUUGUCUUAGCAUAACCACCGGCUUUAACCUUCAAGCGAAACAUCUUAAACCCCAUCUCUGCAUUCUUCAUCGCUUUUUACUAGAAAAUGUAACUCCCAAAGCCAAUCAUUAUGAUGCUAUUCCUACUUUUAAUGCCUAUCUCCUUUAUUGUUUUGAGAUUGUGUAUCCUCUUCAUUUAUGCUACAUCAUCAUGAGGGAAAUGGACCUUGUUCCUACAUCGCGUGACAAAUCAUUAGCUAUUGGCGCCUUGUUGACAAAGCUCUUUAAACACUUCAAAAUCAAAUUUUCCAAAGAGCGCGAAUCACCUAUUGCCUCAGAUAUCAGUGAAUACAUCAUCAACCGUGUUGAAGGCAGUGAUGUUCUACUAGGAAGUAUGGCUGCUCCUGACAUUUCCAUGGAGGAUCCUCAAGAUCAUCCUCUAGUUGCCAUGCCACCACCCUACCAACCGCCUUCUCCUUAUUGGAUGGAUUUUUUAUCAAUGGAACAGGACCACUACAAUCAACGCCUCGCAUGGGAACAACAAAUGAUUUAACAAUUUGGCGCCCUCAACACCCGUGUUGAUCAUAUUGAGGCCCGGGUUGAUGCCAUCUAUCACUAUUACAUCCCUCAUCCAUUUCCAAAUUCUGAGCAGUGAUUUCUAAUUUUUGUUGAUAAUAUUGUGAUGUUUUGUUUUGAAUUGGUAAAGGAAAAAUGCUGAUGGUUGUUUUUGUAUAAUGUUAUGUUUUGCAUUGCCUUCUAAAAUACUGUUAUGUUUUUGGUACCUUAGUUUUGGUAU